AUGGAUUCCGCAGAGUUUCGUGAGGCUGCUCGCACAGCCAUUGACGAGAUCACUGACUAUUACGACAAUGUCUCCUCGCAGCGUGUUGUAUCCGAUGUGAAGCCAGGCUACCUCCGACCUCUGCUCCCAUCCUCAGCUCCCCUUGAAGGAGAGUCCUGGAGCGACAUCCAUGCCGACAUCGAGUCUAAAAUCCUUCCCGGAAUCACCCAUUGGGCCAACCCCCGGUUCAUGGCCUUCUUUCCCUGCUCAAGCAGUUACCCUGCUGCACUAGCUGAGAUGUACUCAAAUACCUUCAACGGCGCCCAUUUCAACUGGAUCUGCAGCCCAGCUGUUACAGAGCUGGAAACAAUUGUUAUGGACUGGCUCGCUAAAGCUCUCGGUCUACCGGAAUGCUAUUUGAGUGGCGGUAGCACCCAUGGAGGUGGUGUUAUUCACGGCAGUGCUAGCGAGGCUAUCCUUACUGUCAUGUGUGCUGCUCGCGACAAGUAUCUCGCUGCUGUCACCAGGGACAUGGAUGAAGAUGCUGUCUGGGCUGUACGAAGCAAACUCGUCGCUUUGGGAAGUGCUGGAUCUCACUCGAGUACCAAGAAGGCUGCUCAGGUUCUUGGUGUUCGCUUCGUCGCUAUUCCCGUUACCGAAGAAGACGGAUUUGCCAUGACUGGUCGUGCUGUCGCCAAGACGGUAGCUGAGUUGCGGGCCCGCGGGCUAGAGCCUUUCUACCUGACUGCCACGAUGGGCACGACGGAUGUUUGUGCGGUUGAUGAUUUUGCUGGUAUCGUUGAGGCGCUGUCUCCUACCGCUGGAACAGAGAGGGAUAUCUGGGUCCACGUCGAUGCUGCGUAUGCAGGCUCUGCACUUCUUCUCGAGGAGAAUCAGCCUUUGACUACACCAAUGGCCGACUUCCACUCUUUCAACUUCAACCCGCACAAGUGGAUGCUCACUACCUUUGACUGCUCUGCUGUUUGGGUCCGAUCCCGAGCAUGGCUUAUCCAGUCUCUGAGCAUCAAGCCGCCGUACUUGCGUAACCAGUUUUCCGAUAAUGAACUGGUCACUGACUAUCGCGAUUGGCAAAUCCCUCUUGGGCGACGCUUCCGAUCUCUCAAGCUAUGGUUCGUUCUUCGCAGCUAUGGCAUCCGAGGACUGCAAGCGCAUAUUCGAAACGGAGUUACGCUUGGUGAGUCCCUGCAGGAUAAGCUGGCCAGUCGACCUGAUCUAUUCACCAUCUUCACCUCCGCGCGCUUUGGCCUGGUGACUUUCCGUGUCAAGGGAGCUGAUGAAGCGGAGAUCAACGCUCGAACGGAAGAGCUCUAUGAAUGGGUCAACAGAACAGGAGAGUUUUACCUUACCAGCACGGUAGUCAAUGACAAGUUUGCGAUUCGUGUAUGCACUGGUGUUGAGAGGGUUCGAGAGGAGCAUGUCCAACGGAUCUUUGAUGUUUUGGUUGAGAGGACAGAAGCAGACCUGGGUAAAACCGUUAAGGAGUGA